UAAAAAUUGGAUCCAUAGGUCUUGACAAAGGGUUCGUUAUGACAUACCACAACGAAAGUAUCAAGUGGUACUAGGACUGGUCCGUGCUUAGAAGAAGAAAACACAAUUUUUCGUAUAUCUAGAUUUGUUUUGCCAGGGCUAAACUGAAAGUAUGGACACGUACAACAUUCAGCAUAUUCGCUUAAUUUGUUUGGGCAUUCUGAUUGUUUUGUAUUGUGACGCGUUUACCCCAGAUGAGAAGUGUGCACUUCCAUUCCCUAUUUUGUUCCAGGGUCACACGCCACAUACACAUAUUUCAAUCUCGGAGGAGGCUUUAGCACUGGCAACGUUGGGCUACGCUCAAGAUAACAAGAAACAAUCUACAAGAGAAUUAAAAUUUAAUAUAAACAAUACUGAUAUAAGUAAACUCGUAUCGCAAGUUAGAAACGAAAUUACGUUCUCAAACGCUGAAGUAGACUCUAGUUAUGAUACAGCUUAUCUUCCCGCGGCCCACUAUGACGAUGAGAAGUUCGUGGAAGCUAAUUCUCUUCUGAUAGAUCUUAAAGAAGCUAUAACCACUUCAAUUUUUGAUGGAGAUUAUAAAUACGCAAGAUAUCUUACUGGAAAAUACCUACACACUUUGCAGGAUUUUUACAGCCAUUCCAAUUGGGUAGAGUUAAACAACACUGAAUCGAACAGAUAUCUUGGUGUUUUUGGAAAGUCGGUUGGUAAUGUCGCAAGUCCGAAUGAAGCCACAUGCCAAACAUGCACACUGGACCGAUCGUUUGCAUUGAAUUGCAAAGAAAAUAUAUUAACAAGUGUUAUACAAAAGAAUAUGUUAACAAGUGGUUACUAUUCAGCUCAGAGGGAUAACAAUGGAAAAGAAGUUACCAAGAAUAUUCCAAAUGGUAAAUGUUACUAUGGUGGAUCAAAGGAGAGAGACCUGACCGCUAAUCUAUUUGGUGGAAUCAAUAAAGACUCGAACAACGAGGAUCUUUCCCCACACUAUUACCUCCACGACAAAGCUGCCGCCAUAGCAACUGAUGCCAGCUACGAAUUUCUAAAUGGUUUACGAUUUACAGUCGGAGAUGACCAAUUCGGUCGCUUUCUAAAAAUUGGACACUGCUCGUCGUUUGGAUUUGUUUUCGCCGUUGAUGGCAACGCAGCUAAACGGAUCAUAGGCAAUGUACGUCAGGUUUUAAGUAAUCUUAAAAGGAAGAACACCUCGCCAACAAAAUACAUAUGUCUAGCAGCUGGUCUUCCUUAUGACAAAGAAGCUAUAACAAGUGACCAAGAUGUAUUUCAAAUGCACUUAAAUCAGGUUGAAAAAAGUCUCAUUGGCACAUACUGGAAAACAGCUGACAGUUUUAUCAAUUUAAAUGAUGACAUAAUAGAAAAUGCAAUACGUCAUAGCGACACAGAUUCGCCGUUGUUCAUUUUUACUAGCAGUUCUGUAAAUGAUAUAACUCUUCGUAUACAAUCACUUGCCAUUCAUUGGAAUGUAAAGCUAUACUUUUUAUUAACGGAUCACAAUGCUACAUUUGAUGAGAAUUUACUCAAAAAGGCCCGUUCUACUGGUGGUGACGUUAUAGACAUCAACAAAGUUGACGUCACCUACUUAGUACAGACAAUGGAGGCAGAAGUGCUAAAACAACUGGUAACAGUUGUAUACGAUGAGAUCGAUCAACCGCCGACUAUUGAUGGCAAUCCUCAUCUUAUUCCUAUUGAUGACACAUUGAGCAAUGUGUUCGUCGAAAUUGCAGGAAACUACAAGAGUUUGAAUUUCACCGACAGUUCAGGUAAUUAUAGGAUGCUUACCGAAUCCCCUGGAAGUUCGAAUAACUCGAGAUUUUUUCGUUUUCCCACCAAUGAACCUGGAAUAUGGAUAUUAACUGUCAGCUCAAAUGAAAAGUACAGUGUUCGAGUUAAGGGUUGGAGCAAAGUUGACGUAACGUAUUCUCUACAUUAUCUGGUGUAUAAAAGUCGUCACCCAGUGUUACAUCGAAUAAAUGGAAAACCUACAGUGGGUAGUGACUAUUUCAUGGCGGUUUUUGUCGGUGGUAUAAGCGUUGGAGCACACUGCAGUUCAGCUUCUGUUGACAUUAUAGACAUUUCCGGAAGAACAAUUCACAUGUUCAACGCGUCCAUUGAUUCAAUUAAUACAAACUUGACAAUACCUGUUAAAUUUAAUUUCGGUGAGUAUCGUCUACGAAUUACUUGUAUUGACUUGUCCGGCCAUAUACUGCAAAGAAUUGCUUCUAGAGCAAUUCAGACCACGAGCAGUAAAUUAGGCCUUACAAAGACGCCAUCAACGACACUCAUCAAGUCCGGUGAAGUGACGAAGAUAAGUUUCAACCUACAAAACCUUGGAGAAAGGAGUAUAUUUGAAGUAUUUGCAGAUGAUGACGAUGGCUAUGUCACUGAAUGGAGGCCGCAUUAUUUAAGUUUAGGCAGACACAGAACUUCAAGUGGUGAAGUUACUCUGCGUAUACCCAAUGACGCAAUACCAGGCAAGCGGAUAUUAAUCGUCAUUUCAGUGUCCAGUGGAAAUGACAAUGUAACCCAUAAUUCGAUUGUAUUCACAUCCUCAGUCAAAAUGAAGAUACUAGACCACUUUCCUCCUUCCUGUACGGUCAACAUGAAGCCCAAUAACUGUAGCAGCAACGAUAAUUGCAGUUUAUUAUCUUGGUCUGCUGAAGGUACAAUUCUGGACAGUGGCAUCGGCAUUCAGCGAAUAGAGAAAAUCAUUGGUGAGGGCGCUCUAACACUAGCAAACUUUUCAGGAGGAGAUGAUGUAGAUGAAGUCCACUGGAAUUAUACAAGCAAUUGUUGUAGCUUAAAUCUAAAUUUAGCAAUGUUUGAUCUAGCUGGAAAUUACGCCGAAUGUGACUUGGCCUCUGCUUCAGAAUUCAAUGACUCUCUGUAUCCACAUGGUGUAAAGCUAGUCAGUCCGGGCCUAUCGAUAUGCAUUAUUGUUAUUCUGAUUUCCGGAGUCACGAUCCUUAUUAUUCUUUGGGUUCGAAGUCAUUUUGUUAAACAGCGCUACAGAAAUGUUUCACAGUAUAGCGACAAUGACUCUACCGACUUUACAGAUACACAAGUGUGACUUCAAUUAAAAUGUAUUACUUGAUGUCAGGACAGCGAACCUUCAUGAAUAAGCAUUCUCAUCAUCAUCAUCAUCAUCAUCAUCAUCAUUAUCAUCAUCAUCAUCAUCAUCAACAUCAUCAACAUUAUCAUCAUCGUUCUCAUUUUCAUCAUCAAAAUCAUUAUUAUCCCUGUUUCUGACUUUCACCCACCACCACCAUUGAAAUAUGGUGAUCAUCAUCAUAAUCGUCAUCAUGUUAGUAACCAUCUUCAAUUUAUCAUUAUAAUUAUUCCCAUCAUCAUUAUCACUGUUCGGAUACACCUAAUAUUAUAUUGUAGCAGCAAAUGAGUUGUAUAGACUUUUUUUUAUAUUGGUUUGUUUUAUACCGGUAUACAUUGUUGAAUUACUUUUCAUAUGAAAUUAAUUAACAUAGGCCUAUUAGCUAAGGUUUACAUGAUUAAAGGUCUUCGACUAAAUUAAAAAAAGGUUGUUCAUUGAAACAAUAAAAUAAUUUUACGUCGAAAAUACUGUUAUGUAUUUUUCACCGAACUGAAUUCAUCAAAGGUUACGGCAUAUGUAUUAAGGAAAUAUUGUCUCCAGGACUGUAUGAGGUGAAAUGUUUCACAGUAUAGCGACAAUUGGCGUAUUCGUUUGGUCCUUUUCCGAGGAGCUCGGAGUGUGCUCGUUAAAAAACAGCGAGUAGUUCGAGCCGCUCUUGUGAGGAGUUCGUGCUGCUCGUGCGACCAGUCGAAUACGACAUGUGCAGUUUGAGUUGAAGAGCUGCUCAAAACAGACCAGUCGAAUACGUCUAAUGACUACUGACUUUAAAGCCCCAUUCCCGGCAAAAUUUUAGUUUUUAAGAAAAAUCUAAUUUUUGUAUAAUGUUAUAAAGAUUUAUAAAUAUAAUACGGAAUUGGUAGUUUAACU